AUGGAUGCGCCUUGGUCUAGUGGUGUCGUUCCUGCGACCUUCCAGACUCCGCAUAACAAGAAUGCGAUAUCUCCGAAAGAGUUCCUAGAGUUCCUGCAUUCUAUCCAGGCGUCCCUCCACCAGGAUGGCGUGGCUACCCGAAACAAGGAUGGAUGGGUUAUAAUGAUCUCCGGCCUUUCUGACUUUUGGGGUUCUUUUCCAUUCCUUACCUCCGCGUCGCGAGGAACUAGUAACGAACGCAUCACCCUCACCCAUUAUGGCUUAGGCAUACUUCAGUAUCUCUCAGGAGAAUUCGAACGCGUCUUCUCCGGGGAGGAUGAGUUGCUAAGAAAGUUAUCUGUGUCCCUACUUGGGCUCUGCGUAGCAACAGAGGCGUGGCUGGAAGUAGAGGAGAACGGUCCUGAAGACAGCAAGAACCCAUCCACCUUGUACAAGAAAGCUUCCAGCAUCUUAGUCAAUCUCCUUCGGGAAUGGCUCGAGUAUUUCCCUCAAAAUACGGAAUAUACUGCAGUGCCCUCAGUGGCUUUGGGGUUUCUGUCUGAAACGCUUGACGUGACUCAUGGUGUGUAA